AUGGCGUCGUCAAGUCUCUCCAUCACGACUCCAAUAUUCAAUGGAGAAAACUAUGGCUAUUGGAGUGUUCGUAUGAAGACUUGCCUUGAAUCCCAUGAUCUUUGGGGUGUCAUUGAAGAAGGAAUCACCAUGCCGGGAGAAGAUAUCGACAAGACAUCCUCAUCCGAGGUACAUAAGAAAUUAAAGCAACAAAAUGCUAAAGCUCUUUAUCUUCUCCAACAAUCUGUUAGUGAUUCUAUCAUGGCAAGAAUUAUUCGAGCCACUACUGCAAAAGAAGCUUGGGAUAUCCUUAAGGAGGAGUUCCAAGGAAAUGUUAAAGUUCGAACCAUUGAACUACAAAGUUUGAGGCGAGAACUAGAGAAUCUUAAAAUGAAAGAUUCAGAAGCUGCAAAAGAUUAUUUCUCGAGAAUAAUGGAAAUAAUCAAUCAAAUGCGGUCAUAUGGAGAUAAUGUCUCCGAUGAAAGGAUCGUACAGAAGGUCUUAAUCAGCCUUACCGAGAAGUAUGAUCCAGUAGUGGCGGCGAUUGAAGAAUCAAAAGAUUUGUCAAAAAUGCCUGUCACGGAGCUGAUGGGUUCCUUGGAAGCACACGAGCAACGAUUGAGUAGGCGACAUGAAAGUUCACUAGAGAGUGCCUUUCAGUCCAAGCUCAACGUUAGAGGCAAUAAGUCAAGAAGCGGCGGAAAUUUUAAAACCAAUCACAAGGAAGGAAGCUCCAGCAACAAGGAGAGUAAGGCAAACUUUCCACCAUGUGGAAUUUGCAAGAAGACAAAUCACUUAGAAAAGGACUGCUAUCAUCGAGGAAAACCACAGUGCAAAAACUGCAAAAAGGUUCGGGCAUGUGGAAAAAGAUUGCAGAGAUAG